CUGCGCCUGCGUGAAAAGUUGAAUGUCGAGGUGUGUCUGACAGAGACAACAUGGCGGCCUCCAUAAUGUACAGCCGGCUGUCAGUGGGGCUAAAGAGUCGGGCUGCUCUGGGCUGUGCUGCACAGGUUCUUGGUGGGUUCCCAGGUCUCUUCGGCAGUCAUGGGUUACAAGCACAACCGCACAGGAACUUAUCACUGCACGAGUAUCUUAGCAUGGAUCUUCUUAAAGAUGCUGGCAUCUCCACCCCUAAAGGCUUUGUUGCAAGAACGCCAGAAGAGGCUUAUACUGUAGCUAAAGAAAUAGGUUCAAAGGAUUUGGUGGUUAAAGCACAAGUGUUGGCUGGUGGCCGAGGCAAGGGAACCUUUGAAGGUGGCCUUAAAGGAGGAGUGAAGAUUGUAUAUUCUCCAGAAGAAGCCAAAGACAUUUCCUCACAGAUGAUUGGAAAGAAGUUGUUUACGAAACAGACAGGAGAAAAGGGCAGGAUAUGUAACCAUGUGUUCAUCUGCGAGCGCAGAUAUCCCAGGAGAGAAUAUUACUUCGCAAUUACCAUGGAAAGGUCAUUUCAAGGUCCUGUGCUGAUUGGAAGUUCUCAAGGUGGAGUUAACAUUGAAGAUGUUGCUGCUGAAAACCCAGAUGCUAUUGUGAAAGAGCCGAUUGACAUUGUAGAAGGCAUCCAAAAAGAACAAGCUGUUAGGCUUGCACAGAAAAUGGGUUUCCCAGAGAACAUUGUAAAUGAGGCGGCUGUGUGCAUGAUCAACUUGUAUAAUCUGUUUAUGAAGUAUGAUGCUACAAUGGUGGAAAUUAACCCCAUGGUAGAAGAUGCUUCAGGAGUAGUGAUGUGCAUGGAUGCAAAAAUAAAUUUUGACACCAAUGCGGCAUAUCGUCAAAAGACAAUUUUUGAUCUUCGAGACUGGUCACAGGAAGAUGAGCGAGACCAUCAAGCAGCGAAAGCUGACCUCAACUAUAUAGGGCUGGAUGGAAAUAUUGGAUGUCUCGUAAACGGUGCUGGCCUAGCUAUGGCAACAAUGGAUAUUAUAAAACUUCAUGGCGGAACUCCAGCAAACUUCUUAGAUGUUGGUGGUGGAGCUACGGUUCAGCAAGUAACAGAAGCUUUUAGGCUCAUCACUUCUGACCACAAGGUGCUGGCUAUAAUGGUUAACAUUUUUGGUGGUAUUAUGAGAUGUGAUGUAAUUGCACAAGGCAUCAUAAUGGCUGUAAAGGAUUUGGAACUCAGGAUACCCAUUGUAGUGCGUUUACAAGGUACAAGGGUCGAUGAUGCUAAAGCACUUAUAACUGCCAGUGGACUGAAAAUCCUUGCAUGUGAUGAUCUGGAUGAAGCUGCAAAAAUGGUUGUCAAACUCUCAGAAAUUGUAACCUUGGCGAAACUAGCGCAAGUGGAUGUCAAAUUUCAGUUGCCUAUCUAAUGGUGCACCAGCAAUUUACUGAGUUGGAAAAUUUGUGUUUUUUUUUUUUUUCUUGUCUAGGUUUUAAUUAAAUGCUUGAAUCUAUUUUGAAAGUGGUUUGUAUUUAAACUGAGUUGCUGCUUUAGAAAUCAUUGUCAUGACAUAUGUAUAGGCAGUAUUUUUACAUUUUGGUAUUUUUCAUUAUAACCAGUGUCCACUCACCAGUUACCAAUCCUAUAGCUAGCAUGUGAGUUGCUUCUUCCCAAACCAGUGUUUGGUUACUGUUCACAAGUUUGUCUGCUCAAAUAAUAGUCAAAAUUCAUGUACAGGAUUUUUGCAUUUCUGGUUCUUGCUCUUCCAAUGAGCUUUGUUUAGGCUUUAUUUUUUAGACACGAAUAUUUGUAAGUAGCAUUCAGUCAGGUUAGUAAUUCUAAUCUGCACUACAAAAAAAGGUCACCUGAAGCCUUGUUGUGGGCAACAUCACCUCUACUCCUCUAAAUAUGAUUUGGAUGCUAUAGGCAACAAUCCCACCACUGAUCUUUUCUUCCGAUUUACCCUACUAUGCUAUCACAGAACAUGGUGUCUUCGGAAUUAAAGAAGUUCUUUUUUCUUUGGAAUGUUAGUACUACUCUGCGAGGAACAACUUUAGUUCUGCUGUAGGUUUGCUUGAAGCACUUCCUCUCUGUAGUGAUAAUGUAUAUACAUAUUAAAAUCUUUAUGAUCCCAUGCUUGUUCGUUACUUCCACUUUUGUGCAUUAACCCAUGUCUGGCAAAUGGCCAGGUAACAUUAUGUACACAUUUUCAAAUAAAGCCAAAGUCAAGAUUCCAUCAAUGCACAAUGUGAGCCUUGUAAAUUUGUUAUUUUUCUUGAUGCUGAAGCAAUGUAACAACAAUCCUAAUUCUUGCACUGUAAAGUAAAACCAUGUGUAGAAGAA